CUUUUACAUGCAAAAGUUUCUCUUAAAGAUGGAGUUCUUGUAACCCAGUUCUCGUAGCAGAAGCUGAUACAAAAAAAUUUCACGCUCACAAGUCACAAGCUCUUGAGCAAACUACUUCUUGUUGCUCUUCUGUUAUCAAUUACCUUUAAGUGGUCAAAUGCCAAGAUCAAGAGGGUCAGAAAUGUCGCAAAGGCAAUCUCCCCGAGGCCCUCCUCUACUAAGGACAUCCAGUUCUGAUUCCGAUCCACUACAUCGUCGACCAAUUACUGACAAGAGUCCGAAGCUAGGAGAUCGUCGAUCUCCCAGAGGUACUCAACUGGAUUCAGUGAAUCAGAAGAAAUUUGGAACACGGAUUGCAGAUUUGGAAUCUCAACUUGGGCAGGCACAAGAGGAGCUCAAGAAUCUGAAGAUGCAGUUGACCUCAGCCGAGACUGCAAAGAAAGAAGUUCAAGCAGAAUUGGAGAAAACAACCAAGAAACCAAUCACUUCAAUGCCAGUGGGAAUCCAAGAAAAGCAUCACCCUCCAACUGAAACCCAAGAAUCCAACAAAAUGGACAGCAGUGUAGCAUAUGAAGAUGACAAUCAGAGAGAAACUGAUGUUUUUGAAGUUCCAGUUGAAAAAGUGACAGUGGAGCUUAAGGAUGAAUUUGGCCAACCAAGUGAUCAAGAAGAUUUCAAGACCAAACCAGUCAACAUCUCGACUGAAUCACCAAUCAAUUCAGAGCCUGAGAAGCCACCAUUUGAUGAAUUGGCUGUGAAGAAUGAUGAGAUAAAUCUAUUGGAAGUUAAGCUAGUGGAGAAAGAAAAGGAACUAGAAGUGUUCUGUCAAGAAAAUGAGAGACUGAAAAGUCAGUUGAAUGAAGCAGCCAUAGAAAUAUCAUCAGCUCAAGCCAAGGAACAGGAAAUGACUUUGAGGUUGGACCAACUUGGACAAGAGCUGGAAACAAGUAAAAGCUGUGCAGUUAAAUUAAAUGAAAAGCUGGAAACUGCGGAAGCAGCAAAGGAGGCGUUGGAAACUGAAAUGAAGAAGCUUAAUAUACAGACGGAGCAAUGGAGAAAGGCAGCCGAUGCUGCUGCAGCAGUGCUAGCUGGGGAUAUGGAUAUGAAUGGCAGAAGGAUGUCUGAGAGAUGUGGAUCCAUGGAUAAGCAUCUCGGCAGUGUCUUCGAGCCACCAGUUGGUGGAUUCACCAGUUUUGUCGGCUCACCGGGUUUUGGUGAUUACUGUGAUGAUGGUUUUGGGAAUGGAAAGAGGAAAGGUUCUGGGAUCAGAAUGUUUGGAGACCUAUGGAAAAAGAAAGGCCAGAAGUAAGAAUCUAUCUGUUAUGUGACUUUGAAAUUCUCUUUCACUGUUAUGUUGUCAUUACUGUCAAAAUGGUUGCUUUUCCAUAUUGUAAAAGUACUUUGCCUCUUAUCAAGUCCUAUAAAUUUGGUCACUCAAAUCUGAAACUGCAGUUAGGAGAUUUCUUUUCCAAUGUGCUUGUUUUUGUUGUCUAUGGAAAUGUCCUCUUCAAUAUUUUUUGCAUGAUGAUUUGGGUGACUCAUCUUUGUGAAU